AUGAUAGCAUUAGAAAUUGAAUUUGAGAAUUCUUGUGCUUCUUUCUUCAAACUUCUGUCAAAUCAAACUGCAUCACAGAGAGAGGGAAAAAAACCGCAUAAAGUUGGUCUCAUACUCAAUUCGAAGAGAAAGAAAAAUAAAAAACUGCGCGUCGUCUUGUUGGCGGUCAACGUCAGAAAAAUGAAAAUAAAAAAUAAAUCUCACUUGGGAUUGUCAUCAGAUUCAGGAAGGCAAACGACCGAAGUGCGACAAUCAAUUGAAGAGAUUGAGGAGAAACGAUUGAAUAUUUUUCAUUUCUUUUACCUUGUUGUGGUUACAAAAAAAGUUGAUUCUGCACCUUAUAAUGGUUGGGUUGAAUAUUGA